AAACAACUUCCGGUGUUUCGACUGUUUCAGUUCUUUUUUCGACUGUUUAACGUUUAUUCCAACGAACAGUUUUUCCAACGGACAUAAAUGAUUGAAGGACUGAAGGACUUUCUAUAUUUUAGAUGCCUCAUGUUAAUCCAGCUGGAUCUUCUCCUCCACCUGUAAGUGGACGUGUCGAAGAUCCACAGCAGCUCAGCCUUUUCCAAACUACGAUCGACAGCAAGACGUCUCCGGCGGACGCUCCUGAUCCUGGACUUCCUGCACAGCAGGUGGAGGCGAAUCAUGGCCCUGAGAACCUUGAUACGGGUAACGGAGACGAGGAGGGGGAAUGUGGUCAGGGAAGAAGCAGAGAAGAGGUGAUUAAAGAGAUCAGCGUCAGCAGCGUGGCGUUCAUCGGGCCGACCUGUCGACCAGAACCUGUCAUAGAAGAUGAACUCAGCGAGUUUUAUAAAGAGAUCGCUCAAAUCGAUCAGCAAGACGCUGUAGACGGGAGUGAAGGGCGCGGAUCUCUGAUCUCUGCUCCAUCUCACGCCGUAGAUGUGAAUAAUGAGCGCAGAUCUCAGCUCUGCGCUCCAUCACACGUUGGAAAUGUGUAUACUGAGCGUGCUCAGUUUUGCUCUCCACUAGUCCACCCUUCAGCCUUAAAACAGACGGCGAAUAGCCACAGGAAUGCCUACAGGCCGUACCAGGCUCCAUGGCCACACACAGACUACAGGGACACCCUACAGUGGAGACCCGAGUCUUACGACACGAGCUGCAGCUGGUCAAACUCGCACAGCUAUCCCAAUCAGUGGCAGCGUCCUCCUCCUCCUUCUUCUCCUCGUCCUCCUCCUCCUCAUCCACCAAGCUUCCGUUACUAUCCUCCAUCUCGACCUGAGAAUCCCACGCACCCGCUGUACAGCCCGCCUCAGGGACAGCGGUACGGCCCGCCUCAGGUACAGCGGUACGGCCCGCCUCAAGGACAGCCGUACGGCCCGCCUCAAGGACAGCCGUACGGCCCACCUCAAGGACAGCCGUACGGCCCACCUCGGGGGCAGCGGUACGGCUCACUCGAGAACAGUCAGACUCACUUCAGGUUCAGUCCUGAUGUCAGACUCGCUCCAUGUCACGGCCCUACUUCACAUGCUUCGUAUGGAGAGAUUGAGAGGCAACAGAGUGAGGAGCAGAAUUAUCAGGUCGUGAACGAAUGUGAGCCGUCUUUAGUGCUAAUAAUGAUGAGAGGACUCCCAGGGUCCGGCAAGUCAACUCUCGCCAGGCACAUAUCCUCCAGCGGCCUGAGCGGACUGGUCCUUAGCACGGACGAUUACUUCUACCAGAAUGACGGCUACUGCUUCGACCCGACUCUUCUCGGAGCCGCGCACGACUGGAAUCAAAACAGAGCCAAACAAGCCAUGCUGGAUAGACGCACACCGGUGGUUAUUGACAACACCAACCUCCAGGCCUGGGAAAUGAAGCCGUACGUGUCGAUGGCUUUAGACAUGGGGUACCGAGUGGAGUUUGUUGAACCCGAGACCAGCUGGAAAUGUGAUCCUGUCGAGUUAGAAAGGAGGAAUCAUCACGGAGUCCCGAGAGAAACGAUAGCGAACAUGCUGGAUCGCUUCGAGCUCCCGAUUAGUGUGGACAUCGUGAUGAAUUCCUGUGAGCCUUCUCAUAAGAGAAAAGAACAUAAUCAUAGACCAUACAGAGACAAAAGACAACAUAAAUAAAUAAAUAAAAACAAUAUAUAUUUUUACAAGCUAAACUGUUAAUAAGAUAAAAUAAUUUUAAGUCAUUAACAGUGAUGGAGCUGAUUGUACAUCAGUAAUGUUGAUGAUAAUAAUCUCGUUAAUCUUUUUACAAAAUGUCGAAAAAUCUUUAAGGAAGACCUUCAAACCGCGAGCAUUUUAGAUUUUCACUUAUUUCUAUGGAUCGUCUGAUGGCAGCUUUUUCUUCACUUGUUUUUAAUUGCUUUUUAUAUGCUGAACUUUCCUUUUUCUAUCCGUGAGACAAUUUCAUCUCUUUGACCUGAUAUCAACAACACUAGUGUACCCUCAGGUAAAAUGAACAGCAAUACAUUUUUAAUAUAAAAAUAUUUUAAAAUGGCUGGUACAUUUUGUUAUAUUUAAUGCUGUCAUUAUCGGACCAGUAAGAUAUUUGUGAGAUUUUUGCUCACGAUGUACAAUAUUCUGUACCAGUUGUACAGGAACUCGGUUUUAAUGGCUUUUAAUGUGCCAAAAUUAGAUUUUUGUCAGACCAGGAAUAUUGUUGAAAUAAAUUACCAAAA